AUGGCAUUAGUUGACGCAAACUAUAUGUUCACCUAUGUCGAUAUUGGUUGCCAAGGUCGCUUAAAUGACAGUGGGGUUUUUAAAAACACGUCUUUGUGGCAUAAAUUAGAGGCAAAUGAAAUAAUGUUGCCAUUAGAUGAGCCACUCCCCUCAAAAACAGAAUUAAUGCCUUAUGUAUUCAUAGGAGAUGGUGCAUUUUCAUUGGGAAGAAAUAUGAUGAAGCCAUACUCAGGAGUUCACGAAAAAGGCAGUAUGAAACGGAUAUUUAAUUACCGAUUAUCAAGAGCUCGACGGAUCGUCGAAAAUGCGUUCGGAAUUAUAUCGUCUGUUUUUCGUGUUUUCCGAAAACCUAUUUUACUGAACGAACAGAAAGUUACCGAUAUAACAAUGACGUGUGUAUUAUUACACAACUUUUUGAGGAAAAGCAAAACUUCUAAAUCAAGUUAUUCACCCCCGGGAACAUUUGAUUCAGAAAAAGAAAAUUAA